AGCUUUGCGGAUAUUACAACCUGGGACAGAACUUACGAGAAAUUAUACGUGUGUUGUAUCAACGUUUCUAGCCGAGUGCCUGAAAUAAGAUUCGACAUGAUUCAAGAUCGACUAAAUGAUGGAUUUUUGAACAUUAUUUGCUCUGUUGAAGGAGUCUUUCAGAAGCCUGAACUCGUUAUUUUAGUUGGUAACAGUUAUGCUGAGUUGUUCGACGGCGGGCUGGGACGCUUCACGGGCGGGCGGGCUCGGCUGGCGGUGCGCGCGGACGCGGCCCCGGUGUUCUGCCGCGCGUGGCCGCUGCCCUACGCGCUGCGGGAGCGCGUGGACGCCGAGCUGGAUGCCAUGCUGCGCGCAGGC